UUGCGAUAUUGCGAACAUGUAAGAAUGUUCUUGAAAGUUAAUAAGUAGUGAUGAAAUUUUGUAGUGCAAAUGGGCGAAAGAAUAAAAUAUUAAAUAUCAAUAAAUUUGUUAGUAAUUUUAAUUUAAUAUAAAACAUGCCAAAACACUUAGUACUGUUUUUGUUAUUGGCUUGUGGUAGCGUUGUUAUCAGGGCUAAUGAAGCAACGUCACCAAAAAGCGAACAAAUCGUUCCACCAGAGGAAGAGAAAAUAAAACAAAAUGCACCAGAAACAGUAAUAAUUGAAAAAGAUGGACUUAAUACCGGUGCGGAUGUAAAUGUAAUAAAUUUGCCAAAUAAUACAAAUACCUCAAGUAUAAACGGAACAACAAUAAAACCAACUAUUAUAGUACUGAACACAACACAAAACGUCACAACGCCUACAGCAGAUCCGCCAUUACCGGAUCAUCAUGCUGUAGAACAGGAGCACAAUUCGUCAUUGUCCCUUUUCUUUGUUAUAUGCGUUAUUAUGCUCGGCAUAUUGCUGAUACACUCGAUGCUACAAACUGGCUUUCAAUAUUUGCCCGAAAGCAUUGUUGUUGUAUUUUUGGGUGCACUAAUUGGCUUGUUGCUUAAGGUGAUGUCGGGCGAGAAUGCGAGUUGGAAACGUGAAGAAGUAUUCUCACCCACAGGCUUCUUUUUAGUGCUUCUUCCACCUAUAAUUUUUGAGUCUGGUUAUAAUUUGCAUAAGGGGAACUUUUUUCAAAAUAUUGGUUCGAUUUUGGUGUUUGCCAUAUUUGGUACAACUAUAUCAGCUUUAGUAAUCGGUGCGGGUAUAUACUUAUUAGGAUUAGCAAAAGUUGCUUACAGACUGGAUUUUUCGGAUUCAUUUGCUUUUGGAUCGCUUAUAUCUGCUGUAGAUCCAGUUGCAACUGUUGCCAUAUUUCAUGCACUCGAUGUAGAUCCUGUAUUGAAUAUGUUGGUAUUUGGUGAGAGUAUACUUAAUGAUGCUAUAUCUAUUGUAUUAACAACAACUAUAACACAAUCGGCGCAUAGUCCAUCAUACGCUAAAGGUACAACGGGUGAGGCCAUUAUAUCUGCUCUGAAAACAUUUUGCGAAAUGUUCUUUGCCUCAGCAGGCAUUGGUGUUAUUUUUGCUUUAAUAUCAGCCUUGCUAUUAAAACAUAUUGAUUUACGUAAACACCCGUCUUUAGAAUUUGCAAUUAUGUUAAUGUUCACCUAUGCACCAUAUGUGCUAGCGGAGGGCAUACAUUUAAGCGGCAUCAUGGCCAUACUUUUCUGUGGUAUCGUUAUGUCACACUAUACACAUUUCAAUCUCUCAACUGUUACACAAAUAACGAUGCAACAGACUAUGCGAACAUUAUCUUUUAUAGCUGAGACGUGUGUAUUUGCUUACUUAGGCUUAGCCAUAUUUUCGUUUAAACAUCAAGUGGAAUUAUCAUUUGUCAUUUGGGCUAUAGUUCUGUGCUUAAUCGGUCGCGCAUGCAAUAUAUUUCCACUGGCAUUUUUGGUUAAUAAAUUUCGUGAACAUAAAAUAAAUAAUAAAAUGCAAUUCAUUAUGUGGUUUUCCGGUUUACGCGGGGCCAUUUCGUAUGCGCUAUCUUUGCAUUUGGAUAUCGAAAGUGAUGAAACGAGACACGUUAUAAUAACAACCACUUUGAUAAUUGUGUUAUUUACAACAUUGGUAUUUGGUGGCUCCACUAUGCCAUUGCUUAAGUAUUUGAAACCCGGCAAAAAACGUCGUACACGAUCAACACGCAAUGCUGGCACAACAGAUAGCAAUAACCCCUCACGUCGAAAACGCUCCAAAUAUAUAUCAUUGUCUAAGACACGUGAGUGGGGACAAGCUAUCGAUUCAGAACAUCUGUCCGAACUUACAGAAGAAGAGGAUGUCUCUUUCGCGCAUAGUCGCAUAGAUGGCUUUGGUCGUUUGGAUCGGAAAUACUUUAUACCAUUCUUUACGCGCCGUUUCAACAGUCAAGAGUUACAUGAGUGUAAGUCUCAAAUGGCGGAUCUGACAAAUAAAUGGUAUCAAGCGAUACGUGUUAGCCCAUUAGAUUCUGAUGAAUCCGAUGAGGAACUGGGUAUGUCAGCUAGUACUAGUCAAAGUACGUUAAACACGCGUUCCUAGAUAACUACAUUUGUAACAUGUUAUAUAUUCAUACAAUGACUUGUGAUUGGCUUUAAAUAAGCUCUGCUGUGACAUAAGAAACGAAAUGAAAACUGUAUCGACUUAAAAUGCCAACAGAAUUUGUUCAAGUUUAGAAGCUCAAAACUUUACACAUAUAUUUUGAUAAGUAUUUUAUUUACACAAGUAUUUAUUUUGUAUUUAAAUACAUAAAUAAGUUUAAAAUCAUAGAUAUGCAAUCAAGUUUUGAGGUGAGGGAAAUUUAAGAAAAAUAUUUCAACAGCACAUAUUUGAUAGGCAAAAAUUUAUUAAGUAUCUUAAGUAGUAUUUUUGAAUUUGUAUUACACAUACCUACAUUAAUUUACGUGUAUGUUAUAUUUGCCAUCAUUAGUAUCGUCCAUACUAAAGUGCAUUCUUUCAUCAUUAACAAACUUACUUGCUUAAUACAAAAUUGUUGUAGAAGGCUAAAACGAAUGUUUGCCUAUAAUCCUUACGCAUGGAAUAUUGAAAAAUCAGUGAAGAAAUAAUCGGAUUUAGUUAUUCGUAGCAUUUCAAAAAUAACUAUAUUAAAUAGUUCUGUAUAAUAUAUGUGGAGAUUAUGCGAACGUUGAAGUUGUGAAAACAUAUUUUGGUAUUGCGUUUGCAUAAUUUCAAUAAAUCACUGAGUAUUCCUUAUAUGCCAACUUAUGAUGGCAAUUAUUCUCUUAAGAUUGUUAUUUAAAUCAAACUACAUUUAAAUAUAAUAGUGAUGCAUAUAAGAUUAGUUGCAAUGGGUGACAAAUCUGAGAAACAUUUGAAGUAAAAUUGUAUUGAACUCACAUGUUUGAAAAAAUUGACUGAAGCUUAUUUUUGCUGCAUAGUCAUCUAUUCUAAAUUUUCUGCGUGAUCAUGUCAUGCUUAAAAUUGUUUUUAAAGCCAAGUAAAAAAAAUCUGAAAAGAUGUCACUAAAAAACUUGCAAAUAGUUGAUACUGUUUCUGCAUAGUGAUCCAAAAAUUGGCCUUUAAAUUUAUUUUCUUAAAAAAACACUACACUCUGCUUUGAAGGAGUGCACAGUAACAGUCUUUAUUGAUAUAGAUCAGACAAUCAAUCUUUUAACCUAAUCGUUAGCAUGGAACCUGUCUAUUUUAUAGCACCAAUUAACUUCUCAUAUCUUAAAAAAUAUAACGGACUUUUAUGCAAAGUACCCCUACUCUGCUAGGUCGGGGAUCCUUCAGUGACUACGGUCAAAAUUGUUAGUCAGAGGAAUAACAGGAAAGCGUUACUUAACUGCUGUCACUACCCGGCAUUUGCAAGAGGGCGUCUAUGCACUGUAGGUUUUUACGUCCUUAAGUCUCUAUUUCAGAAACCAAAUGCGUGCAUUAAAGAAAUUGUCUAUUUCACUAAAUCGAUACAGUAGUUUAACGGGUGGAAAUAUAGCUAUUGCUGCCCAAAAUUCCAUCGAUCAUCUAGUAUUUUAGUACUCAACGGGCUCACUUACAGCUUAAGUAAGCUCGUCUUUAAUCUCAUAGAUACAAAACAACUGAUUCGUCUAGAUAAAACACUGUCUAAUAGUUAGGCAUGUCAACUGGUUUGAGGGACCAUUUAGUAACUACUGUCAAAUUUCUAAAUCAAAGGAGAAAAAAAAAACCUUACUCAUUUGCUCAAAUACUUUCUGGCAUACGUAGAAUGGUGUCAAUGCAUGCAUUAAAAACAUUACUAGCUUCGUUUAACCGACACGUAUUAAAGCCUUUUGGUAUAUCACACCGAGUUCACUCUGUAUUGACUAUUGGUAAAGUUGUAAGUCAGAGAAAAAGCUUUACUGAUCUACUUCGUCACUGACAGACACUUGUCGGAAGAUACAUAUGCACUAUAGAUUUUUACUUUUUUAAGUCUUUAUGCAUUAAAAACAUUGUUCAUUUUAUUAGAUCGACACAUUGGUUUUUCAGACGGAUUUCAAUGAUCAGCUAGUAUCUUGAAACUUGGUUUCGUUAUCCCAACGGGUCCACCAGCGACUUAAGCGAGCUCAUCUUUAUUCACAUUGAAGUAGGUAAAUCAGUUGAUGGUGUAAAUCACUUUCUGCUGCUGUCAAAUACAGUUAAUUUAUUAUAGACGAUGAUUGUAUUGUUUUAUAACCUCUUCGCACUCUCCUUUAUUCGGUCUCUGUUAAAUAGUUCUUCUCAUAUGGUCCCAUUCCCACUUAAGUUAUAUCGAUAAUUGGAUCCGAUUUUCACUUACAAUGCGUGGUGACGAUUUCGAGUUAUGUAUAAUUGUGUAAAAUGUUUCUCAGUCGUGAUUUAUACUUAAUUUUGUUAAAUUAAUUUUAUAAUUAUUUGUUUUUAAGUUUACAAUUCUGCUUCGUUGUUACUAAAUAUAUUGUUAAAUGGGUUUUAAUAAUUAUUGUAUCAUAUCGGUUUUUAUUAUUAGUCAGUUUAUUAGUUAGAAUUAAAUGCCGAAUGUUUUUAAUUUUUUUUAGAAUUCAGGUUUUUAUAAAAAUUCAGUUUUAUAAAGCUUAUAUUUUGUUGUGAAAAGUGCAAUGUUAAAUAUGUUGAUAAUCAACCUUUAAGUGCAGGUCCAAAUGCCAGUAUUUUAAUUAAAACUUUAUGUUCUCUUAUUUU